AUGGGGCAGGCUAGGCCUCAGCUCCUAGCUUCCAUGGCAGCUUUGUAUUUCAUCCUAGCCACCUCCCCAGUAAUCAGUGACAUGACAGACAGCCUUGACAUGCUGUGGGGAAAUACACAGGUGCUCUACGACAGCACUGGCCACCAAAUUGUAUCACUGUCCCUCGACCACUGGACCACUUCUGCGUUCCGUUCGAAGACAAAGUAUCUCUUUGCGAGGAUUGACAUGGACAUCAAGCUCGUUGCCAAGGACUCAGCUGGCACUGUCACCACAUUAUAUAUGAUAACAGAGGGGCUGUGGGACAUCCAUGAUGAGAUUGAUCUUGAGUUCUUGGGAAACACUACUGGUGAACCCUACACCUUGCACACUAACAUCUACGCCAGAGGGACAGGUGGCAGAGAAAAGCAGUACCAGCUUUGGUUUGAUCCUACAGAAGACUUCCAUACAUAUACCAUCAUCUGGAACCCACAGAUGAUCUUAAUACUUGUUGAUGGCAGACCAAUUCGGCAGAUGAAGAACCAGCUAAGGAAUGAUAUUCCCUUCCCACUAUAUCAACCAAUGAGGCUGUACGCCAGCAUCUGGAAUGCUGAUGACUGGGCGACACAGGGUGGGAGUAUCAAAACCGACUGGUCCCAAGCACCAUUUACCGCAUUCUUCCGGAACUACCAAGCCAACGCCUGCGUCCCACACAAAACUGCUUGGAUUUGCAGUCAAGGGUCUAGUGACAACAGUUGGUUUACCCAGGAUUUGGAUGAGGAAGGGAAGCAGAAACUGAAAGAUGUGGAUGAUAAGUACAAGAUCUAUGACUACUGCACUGAUUCAAGGAGGUAUCCUAAUGGGUAUCCCCCAGAAUGUGGGUCCCAGUAG